CCCAGCCUUGCCCUUUACUCAGGAGCACGUGCACAGCUGCUCUUGCAGACCUUGCAGAAAUUAGGUUUGGAAAUCAGGAAGUGAGCCAUGACACUGGGUCCCAUGCUCACAGAAAGGCGAGUCCUGCUGUAAGGCUGCAGCUCCUCAGCCCCACAGCCAGGGUUCAGUCCCCCAUCCGGCAGCAAUUGUGUCCUCUCCCUUGAUGUGAGGGACAAGAGGAGUAGGGAAGUGUCUGACUGCCCUGUUGCUGCAUUCCAGCCUGUCUGUUUGCUGCCCUUCCUGCCUGAUGGAGCCAGCGUUGGCUGAGGACCCUCCUCGAGGUGCCCGGCUGAGCCUGGUGCAGGACCAUUAGUGGGACGCGGAUGGUGGCGUGUGCCACCUGAGGAGGGACAAUGGCUCAGGGCACUGGGAGCAUCAACAGUGACUACAAGGAUUGGGAGUGGAGCGACGAUGCUGGAGAACGGGCCAGGCUCCUGCAGAGCCCUAGUGUGGAGACGGUGCCCAAAAAUUCAGAGAGCCAAGGAAAUGGUCUGGGGACAACGUCAGCUCUGGGAGCUGUCUUCAUUGUGGUCAACGCUGCCCUCGGGGCUGGGCUGCUCAACUUCCCUGCUGCCUUCAGCAUGGCUGGCGGCGUGGCUGCAGGCAUCAGCCUGCAGAUGUGCAUGCUGAUCUUCAUCAUUGGAGGCUUGGUCAUCCUGGCCUACUGCUCACAGGCCAGCAACGAGCGCACCUACCAGGAGGUUGUGUGGGCUGUCUGCGGGAAGGUGCCUGGUGUGCUGUGCGAGGUGGCCAUCGCUGUCUACACCUUUGGCACCUGCAUCGCCUUCCUUAUCAUCAUUGGAGACCAGGAGGACAAGAUUAUUGCUGCUCUGGUGAAGGAGCCUGAGGAAGUUGGGAGCAGCCGCUGGUACACAGACCGCAAGUUCACCAUCAGCCUCACCGCCUUCCUCCUCAUCCUGCCCCUCUCCAUCCCCAAAGAGAUUGGCUUCCAGAAAUAUGCCAGCUCCCUCAGUGUGAUUGGCACAUGGUACGUCACAGCAGUCAUUAUCAUCAAGUACAUCUGGCCUGACAAGGAGCUGGUGCCUGUGGAGAUCCCCACCAGCCCCUCCACCUGGACAGCUGUCUUCAAUGCCAUGCCCACCAUCUGCUUUGGGUUCCAGUGCCAUGUGAGCAGCGUGCCCGUCUUUAACAGCAUGAAGCAGCCAGAGGUGAAGACCUGGGGGGCAGUGGUGACAGCAGCCAUGGUGAUUGCUCUCUUCGUCUACACAGGCACUGGCAUCUGUGGCUUCCUUACCUUUGGAGCUGGUGUGGAGCAGGAUGUCUUGAUGUCCUACCCCUCCAAUGACAUCCCUGUUGCCCUCGCCCGGGCUUUCAUCAUCCUCUGUGUGCUGACGUCCUACCCCAUCCUGCACUUCUGUGGCCGGGCUGUCUUGGAGGGUCUCUGGCUCCGCUAUACCGGGAUCACAGUGGAGGAGGAUGUGGUUCGGGAGCGGAGGAGACGCCUGCUUCAGACCAUCAGCUGGUUCCUUCUGACACUCCUUUUGGCUCUUUUCAUCCCUGAUAUUGGCAAAGUCAUCUCUGUCAUUGGGGGCUUGGCCGCCUGCUUCAUCUUUGUCUUCCCAGGGCUCUGCCUGAUUCAAGCCAAGCUCUCUGAGAUCCAAGAAACCCGAGCAAUCAGCUGGUGGGCCCAGGUCAGCUACGGGGUGUUCAUGGUCACCCUUGGAGCCUUCAUCUUUGGACAGACCACUGCCAAUGCCAUCUUCGUGGAUCUAACAGCCUGACUCCUCCAGGCUGGACUGCACUGCUGCUGCUGAGGGGAUGGAGAUUUCCCCUAGGACCAAAGGGAAGUGGGAAGAAAACAUGUUGGUGUGUUGGGAAGAUCCAAGAGAGCCGUUGUGGCUUGGGGCUUGGCUGAACAAGCCCUGUGGUGGUUUGUAUCUCAUUGUCUUAAGGCACCAGGCAGUCAGGCUUUUCUCAGUUCCUGGUGAAGCCAGAGCAACACUACAAGGGGGCUUGUCAUCCAGGGCAAGCUCUUUCUGCCCCUCGGGGCACACAUCACUCUCUUAGACAUCACUAAGGGGUCAUGGUUGGGGUUUGCAAAGCCGUGCUGCUCUCAUCUGUGUACCCUUGUGCUGGUGGAGCUCCUCUCCACAGCUACAAAGCCUUCUCCCAACUUUGGGGAGAGAAGCAGUGUUCUACAUAAAAGGAAAUAGUAAUCAUGUUUAUCAGACGGGGAGACACCCUACAGUCCUAUUCUGUGUCAGUGUUUGGUUUGAACUCUGGUUUCCUGCCAGUCUCCUGCCCCUACUCUCACAUCUCCCUCUGCCUGGGGGAUUGCACUUUGUGUUACAAAAUCUUCAGCUUGUUUGGGUUUUUUCUUUUGAGGAUCAGAAUGACCCUGGGGUAGGGACAUGCCAGGGCAAUGUUUUCCUUGCCAGGGGUUGCUCACUCAGUAGAGAGGCUGCUAUGACUGCAUCGACCUACUGAAGACACUACAACAGAGCAAAGCUCUUCUCCAGAUUGACAAUCCCGUUCUUCCAGGUGUCCAGGAAAUGGGACUGGGCCAAGUUUUAAGGGAUGCUUUUGGGAUAAAACAGUCAGUAUUAAUUUGUUUUACAUUGUUCUCUUGGUCAUUUACACUCUCUAUGGCUGGUGUUGCUCUGGGCUGUCCCUCUGUUGCCUGUCUGGAUGAUAGUUUCAUUCCUGCUUUUUCUGGGUUGAGCAGUUCCCCCAGCUGCAGAUUUGGUUGUGGGCGUUAAACCUCAACAGCAGAGUUUUCUUGUUCUGGGUUUCUUUUUAUCUUGUUUGGCUUCUAAAACCCUUGGGGAGGGAGGAAUUCAGGUGUAGCUGUUGAUGCAUCUGUGACGAGGGUUCAGCCCAGAUUUGUGCAAAACCUGGCCCUGCACCUCCUGCAUCUUCUGGAAGCAGCACAGGCUGUUGUGGUGGGAAGGAGAACCAUGACUUGUGCUCCUAUACUUCUGUCCUGGUUUAGGGCAAAUUUCUGAGAAAAACUUCUCAGUGUGGCUCUGUCCUGCUGCAACCAGAGGCUGCAGGAGGGGUGACAGCACUUGGGUGCUUCCCACAUGGAAACGUUUGGUCUUUUCCUUACUAACACUGAGUGUAAAUGGAGACCACCCCAUUGCUGCUUAGGACAGGGGGACCCAGGUGGAGGAGGAAGAAAAGCCCCAAGCACAGCAGGAAUGUUUGAGGGAUGCUGUGAAGGCACAGAUUCCUCCUGCCUCUCCCAAGGCAUCUCCAGCAUCUGUGCCAUCAUCUUUUGACAAAACCAGGCUCCACCAAACCCCCCCUUGUAUGGCAUCAGCUACGUCCCAAGCCCCUUUGCCAGGCUCCUGCCUGUGAGCAGGAGCUGGGGGUCCCUUUGGCAUAAAGUUGUCUGGUUGUCCUGGAUGUGGGGAGCACAGAGCCACCUCCCAUGGAGCCCAGCAGAGAUGCUCAGCAGAUGCCAAUGCCAAAAUGCCUUCCAGUACCCACCCUGCAUGAAGAUGAAAAGAUUUAGUACCUGGUGGGUCUUGUAGCCCUGGCUUUCUCGAAGGUGUGCUAGGCAUGAGGAAGUCCCUUGGCAGAACUGGAGGAGGACACAGUGUCUCAUGUCACCUGGGAAACACCUGGGCUCCCCUGGUGCUCCCACAGUGUCCCUGUGGCUGAGGGCAGGUCUGGACGUGCUCUGGCUGUUCCUGUUUGCCUUACUGCUCCCCUGUUUACAAACACGGGCCUUUUAACAUGUAUUUUGUACAUGCAGAAAGUGGAGGGUACUCAAUAAAAGUGACAUUGUGAUGCGUGUGUCAGGCCA